UCCUGGUGUCAUGGCAUGUCCAGGCCCCUGGCUUCCCUCCUCUCAUCUCUUCCGGUGCUGGUGCCCAGUUCCUUGUUUCUCUUCCUGACUAAGCGUGGAUUUAAGACCUCAGGAAUCAGCUGUUCUUCCCAAUAGCCAUAGGCCCGGAGGGACGGCGGUGACCAUGGGGGACUCCAAGGAAGUAGAUGAGGAGGAGCUGAUCUCCGAUGGUAGCAGAUAUUCUGGAAAAAGCUUUGGAGUCCGAUCGUCUUUGGGGCUUGGGAAUUUUCCAGCUUUUCUGGGUCAUGGUCGUGUCCCCCAGCUGCUACAGCUCAUUCUCUUUGUUCUACUUGCUGCACUUCUGAUGGCCACCUUCAUUCAAGUCUCUAAGGUCCCUAACUCAGAAGAAUUGAAGCAGAGUCAGUCAAAGCAGGAGACGAUUUACCAGGAAUUGACCAGGAUGAAGGCUCGAGUGGACCAUCUAUGCCGGCCCUGCCCCUGGGACUGGAUAUCUUUCCAAGGGCAUUGCUACUUCCUCUCCAAUUCCCAACGGAACUGGCAUGACUCUGUCACUGCUUGCCAGGAAGUGGAGGCCCAACUCGUCAGCAUUGAAAGUGAUGAGGAGCAGAUCUUCCUGCAACAGACUUCUAAGAAGAAAGGCUACACGUGGAUAGGGCUGUCAGACCUGAAUCAGGAAGCCGCGUGGGUCUGGGUGGAUGGCUCACCACUGUCCAACAGACUGAAGAAAUAUUGGAAUAAAGGACAACCCAACAAUAAUGGAGGACAAGACUGUGUGGAAUUUAGAGGAGAAGGCUGGAAUGACUCCAACUGUGACAACAAGAAAUUCUGGAUCUGCAAAAAAUCUUUGAGUCCCUGCUCUCACAAGUAAUGGCCAGUCCUCACAGCCCAAAGUUCCCCUCUCCCUCAGUGGCAGAACUCUACCCAGGUGCAUGCCAGAUCCUUAACCCAGUGAGUGGGCUGUUGUGGUUCCAAUAAUAUCUUUAGGCUCUCCUCGGUCUUAUUGGACAUCCAUGGUGGGCGGAACUUCCUCUGAUGCCCCCAACUUCCUGUUGGCAUGGUGACCAUUGCUCUGUCUCAGUAGUUAAUAUACUGAGUGGGUGUGGGAUAGAUCUUUGGGUGGGGUGUAUUCUGUAAAUCUACCCUGCACUCUUCACCCCUUGGGGUAAACUGGGGUUGCUGUCAGAACCCCACUAUUGGCCUUGCCCUUCCGCCUGGUGCCUUCUUUCCCAUAAUGUAAUAAACG